GGUCCCUGUGGUCCCCAUACUUUAUGGGUUAACAAUGUGGGAAUCAAGUCUGUUUUCUGAAUUCCGAAUGUGAAGCUGUAUUGCAUAUAAUUAGUUUUGACAGUUACCUUCUUGUGAUUGAUUGAGAUAUUGGUUGUCAUUUAGUUUUGUUUAGUUCUGAAUUGCACAUUGGGUUGAUUUUCUUUUAUCCUUGUAUUCUGAGAUUUGAAAAAAUGUUAUGUUUAAUUUAUUGGAAAUUAUAAAAAACUCUUGUUUCUCAUAAAAGGAAUUUUUUUUUUUUUCGAAAACCCUGUCUUCCAUUUUCUGAUAUAAUAUUCAUUUUCAAAGCUUCUGAGUUGGAUACUUUUGAUAACGAUUACUUCUUAUCUUUAUUUUCUCAUUCUUGACUUACAAAUGAAAAUUUAUCACUCCAGCCCCUAUAAUCUCUUUUCUCCAUUGUAUGUGUCUGAUGAUUACUUCUUAUUUAUUUUUCACUGUUAUAUGUGCCUUCAUUCUUGUAACCGAGUUGAUUCUAGGUUUGAAGAUAAGAAGUAGCCCCUUGAGCUGUUUCUUCUUCUUCUUCUUUUUCUUUUUCUAAAGAGAAUUCUAUUUUUUUUUAUUUUAAAAAAUCUAAAACUUCAUGAGGUGUUUCACUCUGAACUUGUUUCUUGCACAUUUUGGUUUCAAGCUAUUGAGUGAGUGUUGCUGAACUCCUGAAGCUUAUGAUUGGGGUUCUUUCACAUAAAAAUUGAGAGGUGCUGUUUGCAAUUGCCAUAGUAUUUGGAUUUAUCUUACCCUCUCACCUUCCCCACCUCAGACAAGGUCUAUAAACCAUGACUAUUGGAAGUCUGUCUCCUGGUAAGGAGAAGAAGUCCAGGAGAAGCAAUAAACAGACAGUAAAUGAGAAAGCCCCAUUGCUGCCUCGAAAAAGUGAUGAGGCUGAAGAGUUUGAUGAGUUCAAUGGAGCUUCCUUCACAGGGGCAGUGUUUAAUCUUUCCACCACGGUUAUUGGGGCAGGAAUCAUGGCCUUGCCUGCAACAAUGAAGGUUUUGGGGCUUGGUCCUGGUAUUGCAAUGAUUAUUUUUGUUGCCCUUCUGACUGAAUCAUCGAUCGAUAUGUUGCUGAGAUUCAGCAGGGCUGGAAAGUCGGUUUCUUAUGGGGGUGUGAUGGGAGAUGCUUUUGGGAAGAUUGGGAGGAUCCUGUUGCAGGUUUGUGUCAUCAUUAAUAAUGUGGGGGUCCUCGUCGUUUACAUGAUAAUCAUAGGUCAGUUCUCUUCUUUUAUUUUGUUAUCCUUUGAGUGAAAUCAUCUGAUGAAU